CAAGCUGACUGUAGAACUGCUUUUCAAGAAAAAAGCAUGCACUUGGGACUGUCACUUUUUCCUCCUUGGGCAACUCCUUUGCGUUCACUGUCUGUACAACAAGAAGGAAUUCAACAAGCACUGCUGCAUUCCCCAUGGAUUGAGCUCUGUAACUGGCAAGUGCUUCACCUGUGCACUUCUGCCUGCUGCUUUACUACUAAAGGCACAAGAGGCCUGCCAGAAGAAAACUGGCAACUCACAACCAUGCCUCUGAACAACUAAGAAGAAGCAUCUCUCUGGGCAUCUGGUUGUCCAAUAUGGGAUUUUGGGUCUGAUCCAGAGUGGCUGGUGUUUGGGUUUUGCUUUGUUUUGUUGUCCAGAGAGACAUUUCCAGGACUUGAAGAGUCUAAUGAUGCAGGAAAAUCAAAAAUGUUACAUUGGAUUUCUGGAAAAGAUCUUUCGUGGCUCGAUGUGCUGUGGUAGUCCAGAAAAAUGUGGAUAUUCUUGAAACUCUUGCUCCAGAUUCUUUCACCUAAGCGGCACCAAAAUGACCUCCAGGUCUCCUUAGGGAGGCGUUUGGUGUCUCCACGAGGCAGGGCCUGGGCUGACUGGAUGAAUCCAGCAAACGGUCUCUUGUGAAGGCAAAAAGAUGGGUCCUUUGUGGCAACAACCUGCUUGAAAGGAGGCUGGGGCAAUGACGGGCGCCAAACAGCUGGACUUCGUAAGGAGACGUGGGAACUAGUCCACUCCGGGAUUUCCUCCCGUCUUAACUUGUGCACAUUUCCAACUCCUGUUUCCUUUUUCCAAGUCCAAAAAAGCUUAUCUUUGGGAAGGGGGGAGGGCAGGAAUUGUGGGGUUGUGUUUAUCUUGCCUGCUGAGAAUUUUGGCUCUGAAGUCCCGCACAGGCUUCCCGGCUCUUAUUUCUGAAACAGCACAUGUCUGCGCUGGGGAGUUUCAAGUUUUAUCAUUAUUUCCCCCCCCCAUAUUCCCCCCCCGGUUUAAAAAAAACAUUUUUUCCCUCUGCAAACUGUGAAAGUAGAAGAAGCUGAGGAGGGAGACUGUGUCAGUGAAGGGACGACGACGACGACAAAGCAAUGUCGCUAAACAGCAAGAAAAGUUGCGGCAGACCCUCUUACUACUACCGACUUCUCCGGAGGUCCCGACUUCAGAGACAACGCAGCAGAUCCCGGAGUCGCAACAGGCCACUGAACAGGGAUUCCCCACCAGAGAGGACUGGGCAAAGACGUGGGAUGCCCAGCGGGGGGCCGGAGAAGAACCCCAGCAUGGAGCCGGCUGCCCCAACCCCGUUCCGCGUCACGGGGUUCCUGAGCCGCCGGCUUAAAGGCUCCAUCAAAAGGACAAAGAGCCAGCCCAAGCUUGACAGAAACAGCAGUUUCCGGCAUAUUCUACCUGGCUUCAGAACCGUGGACAAUGAGAGAUCCCAUCUAAUGCCGAGGCUGAAAGAAUCGCGCUCCCACGAGUCACUGCUCAGUCCCAGUAGCGCGGUGGAGGCCCUCGAUCUCAGCAUGGAGGAGGAGGUAGUCAUUAAGCCGGUGCAUAGCAGCAUCUUGGGGCAGGACUAUUGCUUUGAGGUGACAACUGCAUCAGGUAGCAAAUGCUUCUCAUGCCGAUCUGCUGCAGAACGGGACAAGUGGAUGGAGAACCUGCGGAGAGCUGUGCAUCCCAACAAGGACAAUAGCAGGCGAGUCGAGAACAUGCUCAAGUUAUGGAUUAUUGAAGCGAAAGACGUACCAGCCAAGAAGAAGUACUUGUGUGAACUGUGCUUGGAUGAGGUUCUCUAUGCACGGACAACAUGCAAGUUGAAAACGGACAAUGUCUUUUGGGGGGAGCACUUUGAGUUCAACAACCUCCCGUCACUCCGAAGCAUCACUAUCCAUUUGUACAAAGAGACAGACAAGAAGAAGAAGAAAGACAAGACAAACUUCAUUGGACUGGUCAAUAUCCCAGCAGGCUCUGUCACAGGGCGGCAGUUUGUUGAGAAAUGGUACCCCGUGGUCACACCCAACCCCAGCAAGGGCAAAUCUGGGGGGCCCAUGAUCCGCAUCAAGUCACGCUACCAAAGCAUGAGCAUCCUUCCCAUGGAGAUGUACAAGGAGUUUGCAGAAUACAUCACCAACAACUACCUGGCUCUCUGCUCAGUCCUGGAACCAGUGUUGAGUGUGAAGAACAAGGAAGAGAUGGCCUCCGCUUUGGUCCACAUCCUACAAAGCACUGGGAAGGCCAAGGAUUUCUUGACUGACCUCAUGAUGUCUGAGGUGGACCGCUGUGGUGAAAAUGAGCACCUUAUUUUCCGAGAGAACACCCUCGCCACAAAAGCAAUUGAGGAAUACCUCAAGCUCGUGGGACAGAAGUACUUGCAAGAUGCCUUAGGCGAGUUUAUCAAGGCUCUGUAUGAAUCCGAUGAGAAUUGUGAGGUGGAUCCUAGCAAAUGCUCAUCCUCCGAUCUCCCAGAGCAUCAGAGCAAUCUGAAGAUGUGCUGUGAACUGGCGUUUUGCAAAAUCAUCAACUCGUACUGCGUGUUCCCACGAGAGCUGAAGGAAGUCUUUGCCUCCUGGCGGCAGGAGUGCAGCAACCGCGGCCGGCCUGAUAUCAGCGAGAGGCUAAUCAGUGCCUCCUUGUUCCUCCGCUUCCUCUGCCCAGCCAUCAUGUCCCCAUCUCUCUUCAACCUGCUGCAGGAAUAUCCUGAUGAUCGGACUGCCCGCACGUUGACCCUCAUCGCCAAGGUUACACAGAACCUGGCCAACUUUGCCAAGUUCGGCAGCAAAGAAGAAUACAUGUCAUUUAUGAAUCAGUUCUUGGAACAUGAAUGGACAAACAUGCAGCGGUUCUUGUUGGAGAUCUCCAACCCUGAGACUCUUUCCAACACGGCAGGCUUUGAAGGGUAUAUUGAUCUGGGCCGGGAGCUGUCCACCUUGCAUUCUCUGCUCUGGGAGGUCAUUUCACAGCUGGAACAGAGCACAGCAACAAAACUUGGACCACUGCCACGCAUUCUAAGGGACGUCAACACAGCUCUCAGCAACCCGUCCUGCAUGCAAGUCUCAGUCAGCACAGAUCAUGCCGUGUCAACGCCAAACGCCAGCAACAGCAUCUCUGUGGGGCUGCAGAAGAUGGUGAUUGAGAAUGAUUUAUCUGGUCUGAUAGAUUUCACACGGUUACCGUCUCCAACCCCUGAAAACAAGGACUUGUUUUUUGUCACAAGGUCUGCGGGGGCACAGCCCUCGCCUGCCCGGAGCUCCAGCUAUUCGGAGGCCAAUGAGCCCGAUGUGCAGAUACCCAACGGCAGCAAGAGCCUCUCCAUGGUGGACUUGCAAGACAAUCGGAUGUUGGACAGUGGGGCCACCAUACCAGGGGUGGCCGACUCUCUCAAUGACAGUCAGUCCUCCAUCGGGCAGGUCCCAGGUGUCUGGAGCACACGAACUCAGCAGAACAAUGUGGCCAGCAUGGCCACUGUGCGUAGGGUGGGACAGACCCCAACAACGCCAAAUGCUGAGAGUGCCCCUGGCAGGCCCCAGCUCUUGGCUCCUCUCUCCUUCCAGAACCCAGUUUACCAGAUGGCAGCAGGGCUUCCGCUCUCGCCGCGGGGCCUGGCAGACUCUGGCUCUGAGUGCCACAGCUCGCUGAGUUCUCACAGCAACAGUGAGGACUUGGCAGCAAACAAACAUGGCUUCAGCAACCCAGCUGCAACUGAGGACUUCAACCGGCGAGCAGGGGAAUUGGUCCGCCGGCAGCUCUCACUAACGGACAAGGCUGGGCAGCCAACAAUGCCCCGGCAGAACAGCGGUGGCCCACAGAGGCGGAUAGACCAGCCACCACCGCCGCCUCCACCACCGCCGCCCAUUACACGGGGCCGGACGCCACCCUCCUUGCUGAGUACCAUGCAGUACCCAAGGCCGUCCAGUGGGGGCAUGCUCUCCUCCUCACCCGAUUGGCCAGGCAGUGGAGCACGGCUCCGACAGCAGUCGUCCUCCUCCAAGGGUGACAGCCCAGAGAUGAAGCAGCGCACCAUGCACAAACAGGCCCCUUCUCCUGUGAACCCCAAUGCCCUGGACCGCACGGCCGCUUGGCUGUUGAAUAUGAACGUGCAGCUCUUGGAAGACGAGAGCAGCGACCCCGAGCCCAAGCGCAGGGAUAAGGGCCGAACUAAAGACGAGCUCAGCCAAGGGGAAAAGUAUCAGCAGGAUGUUGUGGUCUUGCAAGACAAGCUGCGCAUCUCCAACAAGAAGCUGGAGGAAUACGAAGCCCGCUUCAAGUGCCAGGAGGAAACCACCCAGAAGCUGAUGCUGGAAUAUCAGGCGAGGCUGGAGGAGAGUGAGGAGAGGCUGCGCCGGCAGCAGGAGGACAAGGAGAUCCAGAUGAAGGGGAUCAUCAGCAGGCUGAUGUCCGUGGAGGAGGAGUUGAAGAAAGACCAUGCAGAAAUGCAGGCAGCUGUGGACUCCAAGCAGAAGAUCAUAGAUGCACAGGAGAAGCGCAUAGCCUCACUGGAUGCAGCCAAUGCCCGGCUAAUGAGUGCCCUCACGCAGCUGAAAGAGAGGUACAGCAUGCAGACACGUAAUGGGAUCUCCCCCACAAACCCAACUAAAUUGCAGAUUACAGAGAACGGCGAAUUCCGAAACAGCAGCAAUUGUUAACCCGCGGGAGUGGCUGCUGCAAGAGAGAGAGAGAGAGAGUCUGGCCCGAGAGAGCACGCAGCAGCAGCAGCAGCCGCCGCAGGCGGAGGGGUGAGCCAUGUUCAGAGAUGGUUGCUGCCACACCUGGCCCUCCCCACAUGGGGGGACAAACACCCCCGCAGCCCUCUCCACCAAAGAUGGUGCAUGUGACAGUCAAGACCAAUGUCCCAUGUGUUCAAGGGACGGGAAGAUCAAGCCACGUGCAAGGGAAUAAACCACAUGGCGGCGAUUCCAAGUGUGGAAACGGAGUACCCUUUUCCUAUUCGAGCUGCCCCAAAGGACACAGCUGGGAUGCCAAAAGGGCCUUGUUGGUUCAUGAAGUGUUCUAGAGGGAGGAGCUGGGCCAGGCCGUGGGGGACACUAGUACAUGCUCGUAGGAAAUCAGGAAGGCUGCACUUGGCAGCUGGGGGUGGAGGCAUUGGUUGAGGAGCCGUGCUGUGCUCCACCACUGUGCUGGGCUCGUCUCUCCUAUUGCUUCCACUUUCCAUGCGAUCCACCGAGCAAUUCUUGCGGAUCCCUCCACUUCAGAAUUUGUUCCAUCCCCUCCUCAAAGCCUCUCCCAUCUCCAAGGGCAGCCCCUUGCCUCACAGGAAUCUGUUCCUUCCCUAGAAAUAGGCAGGGCAUGCUUUGCUCGCAGAAGUGCCAGGCGUAUGACUCAGAACAAAAGUGCAUGAUGAAGGUUCCCAGUUGAGUCCCAGACAUCUCCACUUGAAAGGAUUGCAGGUGUUUCAAUAGAUCUCUCUCUGCCAGGGAUCCUGGUGUGAUACUACUACUUAGCAUAGAAAUUACCGUGCUACGUGGGCCUGGGUUCUGACUCAGAGUAGUAAGGGAGCUUCAUGGGUUGAUAAUCUGACUACGGUAGUAGGCUGGAAGUGAGAGGCUUGUUGUUUUCUGUAGUGGCCAAAGGAACAAGGAACUUUCUACAUGUGGGUCUUUCCUUGCCAUAGUAGAGAGCCUCCUUCAUGCCAUACUUUUCCCUCUCCAGUAUGCAGGGGACUCACUGUCCCAUUGCUGGAUACCAGAGUACUUUGUACCCAGAUGGUCUUAAAUUUGCUUUCAUCUGGGGAGGCAGCUUGAGGGAGCAACCACAUUGUUAAAAGGAAAUGGAAUAUUCAAGAACAUUUUGCACUGAGAAAGUCUGUACUGCAGCAGUUCCAGCUAUGGCUAUGUCCCUGUGUAGUAGAGCACUUAGCUUCACAGUCAUUGCCUGUCUUGGCUUGGAGGCCUUAUCUGGCCUGGCUUCCUUGAGAAUUUAGCUAUGUGGGGUUGUGUUCGUCCAGCUCUUAUUCAAGAUUUUGCCUGGUGGGAUCUUGCCAGGGAGCUGCUCACUUGCUUUCAAGGUCAGGAACACGUGGCCUGAGAAGCAGGGUUCUAGCUGUCCGUUUUUGCUAGGUAACACAGCCAGACUAAGCCCCUUAGGAAGCAACAGCUGAGAUCUUUCCGGGCAUGGCCAAGCAGCAGCUUCCCAGAAUGUGGAUUGUGUGUUUGAGCACUAAAACAUGAAACAGUAUGCACAAAACAAAAAAGUCAAAGGUGUGCAUGGUUUUCUGCCCCAGAAUUUAGACCAGAUUUCCCCAUGCCAAUGCAUCUUAUCCCAUGGUCUGCUCUUUAAUGUUGAAUCAUGGCUUCUAAUGCCAAAAAGACUCUUCUGCCUAGGAGCACCUUUAGUCGUCAAAUCUAUGCCCACACACUGAGCGCUCUCAGCUGCCUGUCAGCACCAUGAUCACGCACCCUAGCCAAACUAACCUCCAACUAACACUAGGGACCUGCCCCUCCUUUCCUGUACCAUUUAGCUUUCUAAUUGUUUUAUUAAUGGAAAGGAGUACACAUAGGGGGAUUCAUGCUAUCUACAGUAUUACCACUCGAGGCAGAGAAGAAGAAUCAGCUGCCCAGAAGCACGAAGAUGGUAACUGCUAUCUCUUUUCUUUCACAGUAUGCAUUAGGAAAAAAAAUAACCCAAAACCAAAGCAGGCCACUUUCUGGAGUACUGUCCUCUUUUAAGUGGGAGUGGGUGCUGCGUGGGAAGUUAACCACCGUGAAGGCCCGAAAGGGAGUAACCGGCAAGAACAGCAGCCUCCGAAAAGUCUCUCCCCUUAUCAGAGUCGCUGGGCAGCCAUAAGCCAGGAUUAGCCGCUCCUAACUGCUUGCUCGUGGCUUAGUGGAAAGGGUCACCUUCACGGCAGGGCCUUGCGCUACUAACCUCCAGCCGCCUUGUAGCAUGGGUUUUGCUUUAAGUCAGUCCUGACGAGCCCCUCUCCUCCACGUCUUGUCUGUUGCAAGACCAGGGAAGGACGAUGUGUAGGGGAGCUGCCCAAUCCACCCUGUAAGAGAAUGCAGUUGGCACUUUGGUGCAUAGAAUCUGAAAGAAACAGGACAUCCUUGAAUUCUAUGCGGCUCUAAAAAGGUUUCUUGAGUUGCCUGGUGUUUAGCAUGGGCCAGUGUGUAGGCCGCUGCAAACUCUGCACCCAGCCCCACAAAUGUGGACUGUUACAAGAACGAACGUUUUUUCCAAGGAGCUGUUGUCUCAAUUUUUUUUUUAAAAAAAACUGAAGUCCUAAAAUAUGUGCCGCUAUCCCACACGGGACCGAAUGUUCUCCUAUUCUCAGACAAUCAUGUUGUUUUGCUGCACCUAAAUCUCUCCAAAAUACAAAAAGAACUGUUAUUUUAAAAUGGGCACCAGUGAUUGUCAACAUUAGGAAUCCCUCCCUAAUGCCAACUACCCAGCCCCCAAAAUACACCAGCUCAUCUGUAGGAUGGAGUAUUUUAAAUGCAAAAUGCCACGGAAGAUUGUCUCAAACAGAUCGGGCAGUGGACAGAUUUCAGGCCCCCAAGAUGAAAGCCCAGCCACCUAGGGCCCUGCAGGACUCUCCAAUGUAUUUGGUACAGAAUUUUAAUUGUACAGGCUGCCGCAGCAGCCAGAAGCCCACUCCAAGGACCUCAGACCAAAAGACUGCAUAAAUAUGCCAAGCGGUUGAUCUUUGUCAGAUGUUGGAUCCAUGCCCUUCAGCAGCUAUUAAUUAAAAAUUGCAGGGAGGGGUUCUGGAAGGAGCAUCCUUCGCAAGGUGGGGGGGUUGCUCUUGCACGGCAGGGCCUUGCUUGUAGCCCUCUGCUAUCAGCCUAGGUUAUGUGGGUUUAUUAUGAUGGGUGAGAUGCUGUUACUGAGAAGAUCCUCUUGUGCGUGGGAUUUUUUGGCAACUAACCCUCUAAUUGCACAUACAAGCUGGGUGACCCAAUGCAGCCCAUCACUUAAGCACUCGGUAGAGGAUUUAACAUACAGAUGUCCUGUCCUCCUUUGCCUGCCUCCCUGUUCUUUGCUGCAGUAUUUGGUUUCACUAGGGAUGCGUGGGGAAGAGGUUGCCAAAGCCAAUUUCGCAGCUUGACAUCUGCUGCCACCGAGCAGUCUGGACUUUCAGCAGAGUUACAUCCAACCAUUACCAGUUUGCCAUGGAUUCCUCCUCAAUCUUUAUAUACUGAUGCAAGGUCCACCUAACCUCUUAGGGCUUUAAAGGCUGAAAGGUCUUUUUUCCCCCAAAACCUGUUGCAGUUGGGAGGAUGGUCGCUUGGUUUGUUAGUUAUAAGGUAUGUGGGUAAGAGUGGUGAGGUACAGUCACCCACCUGCCCACUGACAUUACCCCAUUGGUCAAAGAGAGAGUCCUGUAACUAAUAAUUGGUCCCUUUACGCAACUGGUUCUUUCUCCGUUCUUGUGCUUUCUGCCGUAAGAACUUGUUAUAUAUAAUAUAACAAAAAAUGUAAUUAAAAAAUACAUGGAUCUUUCUGAAUAGAAGUCGUACAGGUUUUCUUUUGUGAAAAAAUACUCCCAAGUGUAUGAUUGUAAUGUACUAGUUUUGCCCAAUUGAUACAGUACACCGUGAACUCAGUUUUGGUGCUGUCUGCUGUUUUGCGCAGGAUUUGUUACUACUGGGAAUGGGGGGACAGGACAAGUCUGCCAACGUACAGAUCUGGAUCAACAUUCAGAUUUCCAGUGGGGAAAAGGAGAGACUAAUUCCUGGAUAUGCCAUCACUGGUUCACUUUAUUAGUAAUAAUAAUUGUGUGCUAUGAAGUUGCCGCUGACUAAUGGUGACCCCAGAGCCAUGGGCUUUUGAAGGCAACAGAGGUGAUUUGCCAUUGCUUUCCUCUGCAUGGCAGCUCGUCUUCCUUAGUGGUCUCCCAUCCCAAUACUAACCGUGGCCAACCCUGCUUAGCUUCCAAGCUCUGAAGAGAAAGGGCUAGUCAGAAUUGUGAAAUCCCAGGAAGUAGUUGGGGGUCCUUGAUCUACUGCUGCCUUGUACCACACAUUUGAGGUGGCAUUUUUAAAUGUUAAAGCCAGGAAGUCACAACAGAAACCUUGGCAAGCUAGAGACUCCCAGUCUACCCGCAGCACUUCCUGUGCAUCAAAUGGGGCUGUGCAUAAGCCACACCCUGGCUUGUCCUAGAUAUUGUGUAGGGCUCUGUUUGGCAGGGUAGCCAGUGAUCCAGAGGUCAUAUUCAAAACACUUGUGCCCCAGUCCAGCCAAGAAGUCCUGUGCAUGUAUCACAUGCUGAAUCAGGAACCGCUGGCAGAAGUAAGAUACACAGUGUGUGGCAGCUGUGUGUUUGAUGCGUAUUGACAUCCUGGCACAGCUGGAUGUGCCUACAUUUUUAGCACCAUAGAGAUGUUGCUGUAGACCAGGCAGGACUGAGAGAGAGAAAGAACAAAUACACCAUUGUGUAUACUUGAGCCAAAAAUUAGGUAAUAAACUUCAAGACAGUAGCUUUUUAAAAGGGGGAGGCACAACAGAGACAUUCUCUUUCUGAUCUAAGGGCUGGUGGUGCUCAGGUUCAUACACGAGUGAUCCAAUUCAUUUUAGGCAGCCCUACACACUAAAAAGGACAAAGUACCAGUCUCUCUCCUCCAUUGGAAUAUAGGGAAGGCCACAAAAACACAAGGUUGAGUGACUGAAGUCAGCACUUCCGUUUUUUGCAGCAGUAGGUUGCCUUCUAUUUAGAUCCAGCUACACAACAGAUCUUUUCUGCCAUUUGCUAAGAUAGUCCAACAACUGGUUUUUGCUGAAAUUUUGGUUGGAGAAGUUCUUGUUUCUGGGCAGCAAGCAUUGAAAGUUAGCAGGCUUUAGGUUUCCUAAAAAAGUUUUCCUUCUCCUUUUAAAAAAACCCACACAAACCCUUUGGUGAAAACAACUGAGCCGCAGUGAGGGGGAUGUAGAAGAAAGCAGGUUGCCUGGUGUUCCCUGUCCCCCAAACCUCACCAGUCUGCACAGUUUAGCCUCUUAGGGGAUCCCUGUAGGGGCCAUAAAAGAUGUUUAGAUGUGUCCUACUCUUUGGAUGGCCUCCCUAAGAGUCUAUGAGUUCUUUCUACCACUUGGCACUUGGGUGCCCUCCUCGACACACACACACACACACUUCCAUUCUACUCAGUACAUAAGUGGUACCAGAUUGGGAGGUCGCCUCAAAGAAGUUUGGAGCCAAGAAUCCUUAGCAAAAACAGUGGAAAAAAGAGGCAGCUUCCUAAGUAUGUGAACCUUCUGGCCUCAAACCAAUCUAAGACUCUUACCUAUUCUUGCUUCAGAAGGACAAUUUCCAGUGCCGCCAAAACAGAUUCACCAAGAUCAACAGAAGCUGUAAAUGUUCUGUGGUUCGAUGUUGCCCUUCCUUGCAAGAUCCCUAUAUCCCUGUCUGGUUUUUUUUUCCUCAUCUGCGUCACUGUGUCUUAAGAUAUACCUCUCUCUUUCUCACUCUGUAUAUUUGUCUAGGCUAAUAUUUGUUCCUGGUAAUGCAGUUACAAAAUGUUUUAUACCCUCUUAUAAAGGAAACAAAGCGAAAAAAAUAACAAUUUUUGUAAGUAUGUUUUUUAAAUUCUGAAGCAGAGUGGCAGAACCUGCCAUCAUAUCUCCUUCAGUCUCAUUUGAAAGAAGAAAAAAAUUGUAAUAAUGUACAGAGAAAGUAGUUGGUGUUGAGGGGGAAAAUGAUGUGGCUGUGCAAUUUAUGUACAUUUGCAAGUAGAAAAAAUAUUAAAGAUUUAUUUAGCUAUUUUAAUCCA